AUGUUAAAAUUACUUUCGUUUAUCACAGCAUUUAUUUUGCUGUUAUUAUCAAGUGCUGAUGCGAUAGUAAGGACCAAUGAUCUUUCAACCAGUGAAGUUCAAGAUUGGGCUGAAAUAACGACUGCAAGAUUAGUCGCUUGUUAUUACGAUAAUUCAACAGGAUUAUUUACAAAUGAAUUAAAAUGGCAAUCUGGAAGUACAUUAGAAACUUUAGCAAAUUUUGUAUCCCUUGCUGAUUCACCUCAACGAUAUAUUUUUUCAGAAACAUUUAAAAAAACAGAUCCAUUUAUUGGUGGUAAUUGUUUCGAUGAUUAUCUAUGGUGGGCAUUAGCUUGGAUACAAGUAUAUAAAGUUGAUCCACAUAUUGAAUAUUUACAACGUGCUGCACUUAUUCACGAUUUUGUUUCAGAUCGAGCAUGGAUAUCAACAACAUGCAAUGGUGGAUUGCAAGUUUGUCCAACAAAUACAUAUAAAAAUGCCAUAACUAAUGAAUUAUUUUUAUUGAGUAGUAUGCGUUUACAUCCGUAUACUAAACUACUUGAAAAACCACCAACAUAUUAUCUAGAACGGGCUUUGAAAGAAUGGAAAUGGCUUGAAAAGAGUGGAAUGAUUAAUAAUGAAUAUUUGAUUAACGAAGGAUUAAGAUCAUGUGUAAAUGAUAAUCGAACUACAUGGACACAUAAUCAAGGUGUGAUUCUAUCAGGUUUAGCAUUACUAUAUAGUGUAACACAUAAUUCAACAUUAAUUGAUAUUGCACAAAAGAUAGCAGAUGCAACAAUACGACAUUUAACAUAUCCAAAUGGAAUAUUGAAAGAAGCAUGUGAACCGAAAUGUGAUACUAAUCAUAGAUCAUUUAAGGGUAUAUUUGCUCGAAAUUUAGGUUAUUUAAUACCAUAUCUCACAGAUGCGACACAUAUUAAAAAAUAUACAUUAUUUUUAAGACUUAAUUCAGUAUCUAGUUGGACUACGAGUCGAUGUGAAAUGGAUGGAUUAUUUAAUAUAUUUUGGGAUAGUCAAUUGCCUGAUGCAUGUGAUGCACCACGAGAUACUGCUACAACAUCAUCAGUAUUAGAUUUAUUUAUAUCCACUGCAAAAACUUCACAAACAACAAGAAAAACAGCAAAAUGGAUGGUGAUUGGUUUAGGUAAUUGUAUGGAUGAUAAUAAUGCUUCUAUGCCAAAUUUUUAUCAAAAUGCAAUUAGUGAAGAUCUCUGUCGUCAAACAGCUGAUGAAGAUAAAGGUGCUGUUGCUUAUGAUUAUCAAAUAAGUUGUACUGGAUAUGGAUUUUGUCGUAUACGUACAUUAUCAUCUGAAAGUCAUACUCCACCAGGAUUUGAAUAUCAAGAUGAUGUUGCACGUCGUGUUACAACUACAAAUAAAGUAACAAUUGCAAGUUGUUAUGUUAAAAUAAUUUAA